AUGGCGUGUGCUGGGGGCUGCGGGUACCCGCCGCGCGGAAGUGGGACAGCCGCAGCGUCUGGGGGGGGUUCCCGACGGCCUCGGCCUUCCCCUCCCCCUCCCGAUGCACGCGGCCCGCGCCCCCGACCCUCCCCCACGACGCCCGACGCUGCACCCGGCCGCGGCCCCCAGCCCACGCCCGGCUCCUGGAUAGAAAGGCCCCCGCCCCCAUCGGUUGGGUUUUAUGACCCCGCCCCCUCCCGCCCCGCCGAGCAACCAUCCAAUGGAGAGCGCAAUGAGAGGGACGGGACGCCUGUCGUGAGGGUGUUCUGGCCAGUAGAGAAGCGUACCGGAUCUGGUGGGCGGGGCGCCGAGGCCUUGUCACGCUCGGGUCCGUGUGAAAACGGGGGUUCCGAGUGCAAAGCAAAGUUUUUUUGUAAACCGUCUGCAAAGGCGGGGGGUGGGGGGGGCGAAGAAGGAGCCCGAGACCGGGCCGAGUGCAGCUUCGGGGCCGCCGCCUCUCUAGCUCUUAAGCGGUCGGCUUCUCAGCUCGCGCCACAGCUAAGUCAGGCGCCGAGAGCUCGCAGAUGCUCAGAGCCUUCUCGGCGCAGAGCUGCCGCUCGUUUGCCGCCUCUGCCCGCCAGCGCGCCUGCUCCUGCUCCAGCUUCUCGUCCUCCGGCUCCGGGAGCCUCAGCUUCUUCGCCGCCGCCUCUUAACACGUCUGCAGCCCCGCUGAGGGUGUGGGGCCGCCGGGACUGA